GAUAACUCGGUCAGUUGAAAUAGAAGACGUCCAUGGCAAGAAGAUGAAAGCCAUUGAUGUGUUUGGAGCUGUGAUCAAGUACCUUAAGGACCACUUACUUAACCUGUUAAAAACUAGGGGCACGGGAGUCGAGAAUAGCAAUAUCCAUUGGGUGUUGACUGUGCCUACUAUAUGGGACGCCUCCGCCAAACAAUUUAUAAAAGAAGCUGCUUAUAAGGCCGACAUAGAUGGUCGUCUGUUGUCGAUAGUGCCAGAACCUGUGGCAGCCAGUUUGUACUGUCAGAUGCUUCCUAGAGACAAGAUAAUUGGGUCGGAAGACGCCAAAUCUGCUUUAUCUUAUCCUGGAACUAAAUACAUGGUCAUUGAUUUAGGAGAUGACACGGCUGACUUCACAGUGUUUGAACACCAGGUAGACGGUGGUCUCAAGGUACUCCACAAAGACAGCAAUGACGCCCUGGGUGGAACCAAGAUAGACGAAGAAUUCUACGGACUGCUCAUUAAAAUCAUAGGUGGUCCAGUGUAUCAAAAAUUUGUUGAUGAAAAUAAAUCAGACCAUUUAGAUUUACAACGAAAACUUGAAACAAAAAAGCUAACAAUCACACCUAACUCAAGUGGAAAAAUAUCAAUAAAAGUCCCAGUUGCGAUUGCGUGUACGUAUAAAGAUGAAAUGAAACAAGACGUUAAAGAAGCUAUAGAUGGGUCAACAUAUAGUGGUAAAAUUACCUGGGUUGGAGAUAUGAUGAGGAUACAGGCACAAAUAUUCAAAAACUUGUUUAAACCUUGCACUGAUAAAAUAGUAACUCACAUUAAAGACGUACUGGAACAACCCAAUGUUCAAGGGACGAAUAUAUUUUUAAUGGUUGGCAGGUUUUCAGAAUCGGCCAUGGUUCAAGACGCCGUUAUGAAAACACUUCCAAUGGGCAAGGUCAUCAUACCAGAAACGGCAGGGCUAGCCGUGAUGCAAGGUGCUGUGAUAUACGGUCAUCGUCAUUAGAUGCAUCGUGAAUUUAAAUACAUGAAAUAUAUACAGCCGUUGGCCGCCUAUAUUUUCUUCUACAAAAUAGUAUUCCAGACACAAAAACACCCUUUUCAUAUAAAUCUAGACAUUAAUUUCUUUUUUUCCUUUAAAACUUUAAAGAUUCAUACUUUCAGUUACCUGUAAUGUACUGUGAUAAUUUCUAUUAGCCUGAUAAAAUUGCAAAUUUAAAAAUACAAACAUACAGUCAUGCAACCGCAAAGUAUAAACGGAACAAUAUCUGACGGAUUUUCAACUCUUUUUAAGCCAGUGUUUUUUGGUUGAAAUAUUAUUAUCAUUAUUAUUUUACCAGAUUUAUAUAGCGCCCUGUUCUUGAUAAACACGUUCAAAGGCGCUUUACAUAUAUCAAACGCAGCCACACAGGACGCGAAAUUCAUCCUAAGCUAGUACAGACACAGAGCGAUCUGACCAGAGGGACAGAGUGAGAUAAAGCCCCUAGAACAGAAAGAGGGAAGUCAUUUUAGAUACAGGCCGGUCCGGCUAACUUAGCCUAGCUCUUUGCGAAUAAACGUGCCCGGUGUAUAGCACCGAAACACGCGAAGCCGUGUUUCCUGGGAAAAACCAGUACAUGCUUCUUACUUAGGUGGAAGACGCUCAAGAGCAUCUCAGCUGGCUGGCUAGUUACGAAUUUUAUUACUAUGGGCCCCUCAAUUAACAACUUUAUACACCAGCGCAAUUGGCUUGAUUUGACAGCAAUACACAGGCUAACGAGCCAUAAAACCGUGUCCGGUAGUAAAAAAUUAGCCCCUGGCAUGUUACAGUUAAAAGUUUAUCUGUACAUGCUUCAUUUAUCGCUUACUUUUUAAACGCGGUACUUGAUUGGGUAGUUUCUACAAAUCAUGUCAUUUUGUAUAUCAAUUUUGAGCAAUUUUAUACCUGUAUCUAUAACGUAACGAAUGAAGAGAACUAAUUUUUUGUUGAAUAUUCCAGGAUAUCUUAUAAUCUUUUUAUUGCAAACUGACUUUGGCAGGGAGACGGUAGGAUAUGUUAAAUACUGUUGUAUUUAUUGAAAGCGAAGCGAGCAGAAUUUCAUAUGAGACUUUAGAAUAUUUUCCUGGUAUUCAUUUUCUAAAUAAGUGAUACCAGACUACUAGUAUAUAAAAAGUUCAUUGUUGGACCUGAAAUGCAUAAAUAUCUAUUUACUUUUCGAGAUAUUACACGAGUGUCUUUUAGCACAUUCUCUAAUCAGCCCCUGUGUCUAUUUUUAGAAUGACCUGAUAAAACCCAGGUUUAUGGUUUUAGGAUUCGGACAAACAUUCAGAGAGAUGUGUGUUAUUUAUAUAGACUCAAUGAAUGUUAUGUGAUGGUUGAAUAUUGUUAUACACAUUAUUUUUUCUGUUUAAGCCUUAAAUGGAUUCAGAACAGAACAGAACAGAACAGAACAUAUACUUUAUUCAUUUCAGAAAUGAGCCUGAAUGGCUCUUAUUCUAUACAAACACAUUUGAUAGUAUUAUACAAGGUCAAAAUAUAUUAUUUACACACACAAAUACAGUUUAAAUUACAGAAUGUUAAAUUGCAAUACAUAAACAAAAAAUACAACAUAUCUAUCUAAUUUGUCAAUCAUAUAAACCAAUCUAGUAAAUCAGUCUAACGAGGUGAACUAUCAUACUUUUACCUCAUGGUAUGAUAACAGACACUGACACUAAAUUAGAACUAAAAUGCUGACAUUAUGUUCUUACAUGAAGCGUAACUGUUCUCAUUUUCAACGCCUUUUCAAUAAAACUACAUAAAUUU